CGCAGGAAGCGCCGCGUUCCGUAGAAGGAGAGCGUCUUUUUUGCGCCUGCGCACAAACCCGACUUCCUUUUCGACAUCCCGAUCGAGAGAGACGAGAUGGGCCAUCAGCAGCUCUACUGGAGUCACCCGAGAAAAUACGGCCAGGGAUCCCGAUCCUGCCGGGUUUGCUCAAACAGACACGGUCUGAUCCGCAAGUACGGACUGAACAUGUGCCGUCAGUGCUUCAGACAGUACGCUAAAGACAUCGGCUUUGUCAAGCUGGACUAAACUCAGCUGAACUUCCGUGAUGAGGAGUUGUAGACAAGCACCAACCUGACGUCAUGAAGUUACUCUGGAACAUUCAAUAAACACGUUUUUGUUUCUGUUCA